GUGACAGAGGCUCUCCCGACACGUGACGCGAGAAAGGCCGCGCUGGGGCGGGACCAGGCCGCCCUUCCCCUCCCUCCGGAAGCGUAACACUGAGCGCGCUUGCGCAAUGGGCCGCAGCUCCGCUUUUUCCCUGUCUGGACAUUAUUGUGUUUUUUUGUUCCGGAAUAGGAGGCUCGGGGGCAGAGGCUUUUUCGCCUUUGUUUCCCAUCCAUAGCUUCCCCGCCUGUGGACCCCAAAAGCUGCUGCUGCUGCUGAGGAAAUAGUUAUGUCAGCUCGCGUCUGUGCGCUCUUCCGCUAGAAGCUCUUCGGUGGGACCGAGGCAGUUAAAAACCAGUGGAAUGGAAAGCAAGUACUGUGGUCAUCCUUUGUCAUGCUCCUUUUCAACAAUGUAUACAUUCCUGCUAGGGACCGUAUUCAUUGCUUUAAGUUCCAGUCGCAUCCUGCUGGUAAAAUAUUCAGCCAAUGAAGAGAACAAAUACGAUUAUCUUCCAACUACUGUGAAUGUUUGCUCAGAACUGGUGAAGCUUGUUUUCUGUGUGUUUGUGUCAUUCUGGGUUAUAAAGAAAGGAAAUUAUCAAAACAAAAGCUUGAAAUGUGCUUCCUGGAAGGAAAUCACUAAUUUCAUGAAGUGGUCUGUUCCUGGCUUUCUGUACUACCUGGAUAAUUUGAUUGUCUUUUAUGUCCUUUCCUACCUUCAGCCUGCCAUGGCUGUUAUCUUCUCAAAUUUUAGCAUUAUAACAACAGCUCUUCUAUUCAGGAUGGUGCUGAAGAGGCAUCUAAACUGGAUACAGUGGUCCUCCCUCCUGAUUCUCUUUCUAUCUAUUGUGGCCCUCACUGCUGGGACUGAAACUUCACAGCAUAACCUGGCCGGACAUGGAUUUCAUCAUGAUGCCUUCUUCAGCCCAUCCAACUCCUGCCUUCUUUUCAGAAAUGAGUGUCCCAGCAAUGGCAAUUGCACAGCAAAAGAGUGGACUUUUUCUGAAGCUAAAUGGAACGCCACAGCCAGGGUUUUCAGUCACAUCCGUCUUGGCUUGGGGCAUAUUCUUAUUAUUGUUCAGUGCUUUAUUUCCUCAAUGGCCAACAUCUAUAAUGAAAAGAUAUUGAAGGAAGGGAGGCAGCUCUCUGAAAGCAUCUUCAUACAGAACAGCAAGCUCUAUUUCUUUGGUGUUCUUUUUAAUGGGCUGACGCUGGGCCUUCAGAGUGGUAACUAUGAUCAGAUUAAGAACUGUGGCAUUUUUUAUGGCCACAACGCAUUUUCAGUAGCCCUUAUAUUUGUAACUGCAUUCCAGGGCCUCUCAGUAGCUUUCAUUCUGAAGUUCCUAGAUAACAUGUUCCAUGUCUUGAUGGCCCAGGUCACCACUGUGAUUAUCACAACAGUGUCUGUCCUGGUUUUUCACUUCAGGCCUUCCCUUGAGUUUUUCUUAGAAGCUCCAUCAGUACUUCUCGCCAUAUUUAUUUAUAAUGCCAGCAAGCCUCAAGAUCAGGAAUAUGCACCUAGGCAAGAAAGGAUCCGUGAUCUCAGUGGCACUCUCUGGGAGCGUUCCAGUGGGGAUGGAGAGGAACUGGAAAGACUUACUAAAUCCAAGAGUGAUAUUGAAUCAGAUGAAGAUGCUUUCUAAUUGCUCUCACAAACCUUAUUUUCACAUUUUAAGCG